AUGAAACUCCCUUCGCCUGCGGCGCUGUGGAACGCGACGAACCAGGCCCGCAUUGAAGAAUGCCAGCGCAUCAUCGGCUACAGGUUUAGAAAUCAAGAAUUCAUCAGAGAAGCCCUAACCGUUGGCGACCACAAUCGGCGUCUGGCCCUGGCCGGAGACAGGAUUGCCGACGCCCAGCUGGCAGCUAGGUGGUACGACGGCCACGAUGAUCAGGGUCUUCUUCCCCGGUCCCAGUGGCAACAUUUGAAACGAGCCUCGCUCAGCAACAUCAACCUCGCAAAAGUUGGCUUCCGCAUGCGCAUCCAGGACUGUACCCUCUCCCCCUGCCGCAGUCAAGCUAGGAUGGCCACUACCGUCGAGGCCAUCCUCGGUGCCGUCUGGCUGGAUUCAAAAUGCGAUGUUGCAGCCGUCGAAGCCCUUAUGGACAGGCUUGGUCUCACAAGACAGGCCCUGACCAGGUCCACCUACACUACAGAUCUGCCACGGGACAAGGUCCAGUCAAGCUGCCACUUGCCGGACCGCUUCUUCAUCGGUCACCACUUGGCCCUGCUUCAGCUUUUGUUUAAGCACAGCCAGUCCUUUAUCAUCCAAUCACGGACAGCCCAGCAGGGUGAUCUGUCGCGCCAUGAGUCGGCGAGGGAGGCUGCGACAGAGAGGCUGUCGACCGCCAUGUGGUCUCGUCUUCAACACAUUUUAUUUGCACCCAAGGAUGCAUCUGAGACAGCCCAGAAAGGGACGGCAGCCCCAACCGUAAGAAGAGCCGAGGUUUCUGAGGACGAGGCGAAGAAGAUCCCCGGUCUUCACGCCAGACCUUCCGAACAACGCGGCCGAGCACACAAACUUAUCACCGGCAAACAGACAGAUGCAGACAAUGAUGACUCCGCGCUGGCCAGCGCCGAGCUUGGACCCCAUAAGGACACCCGGAGCGACCAUAUUAGCAGCCUUGGUGACCCAAUCGACGGGGCUACGGGCCGGUACCACAUGGAAACUGAAAUAGCACGAGUAAGACAGUUCUUAUGCGCGGACCCCGAGUCCGAUAGAUCGCUAGCACUCCAAGCUGCGGCUUUGGGAGUUCCGUACCGGCGGCUACGUCAGAGACUAAGAAGGAACCGCGGGCAGCCCGGACAGGAAGAAGACCUGCGACAUUUCAGGCUCUUGAGGCGGCAACUCGUCAAAGUCUACUUGGCGAGAUUGAAGCUAUGGCUCCCACAAGAUGCGCAUACGAAACCGGUGCCGACCUCUUUGUGCAACUCGGGCCAAAUGUCAGUCAAUUCUGCGACUAAACCGGGGCCGUCAGACCCGACAAUGACAGCCACGGUCGAUUCGACGGAAAGCUCGAGCGCUGAACGAUUCAGGAGCGAACGUCUGCACAGAGAAGGCCCGGUAUUGUGGACUAACAAUACCGUUCAGUACCAAUCAGUCAAUUGGAAGCAGUAUUUGAAGAAGACAGGCGAGGCCCAGGUCGAGGCUCCCGGUCCGGCUUUUGAGGACGACAACGCCUUCACCAAAUCAAACGGAGUUUCCGGUACGUGA